CCGCACGCACGCAGCCCGACCACCCAAGCCUCUCUCCGUCGCUGGGGUCGACUACCACCCGUGGACCACCUGCACCGAGAGUUGAACUGUGACCUCCCCUGCUUCAACUCACCUACCGAAGCAGUCCCACGUUGCUCGGUCUCGAAGUCCGUUGCACAUAGGUAUUCCUCGCACUUCAAUUACCAAUGUUAAAUUUUUAUUCCCGCCAUUAUCGAAGCGAGGAUCGAAAAGCGCUCUCAGCCGUGACUUCCGCCCGAAAACCGGCCUAAUAGGUUCCAUACGACGAAACCCCAAGUGACCCGAGUUCCCACAGCACUUCGCGCUGCAGGGGUCGGGUUCGAGCGGGUACUCCGACCUCAUCCAUUUCAUCCCACCGCCGUUGCCAUCCGACAACUGGCACCCCCCCAACCCGACGAGAGGUUCUCCUUUAUCCAACGACAUCUUGCGGCAUGGCGCAGUCGCUCCCCCUCCUGCGAUGACCUCCCGGCCUCCGAUAGGCGUCCAGCAGCGACCGCCCCAGCACAAGCUGAGCGGGCCGAGUCUGUCGCAACGCCCGGCCGCCGCCCACCAGCGCGCCCUCUCGCAGCAGCAGCAACAGCAGCAGUAUCCGCCGCCGCCGUCACCCGUACGCAAGGAUACCUCCCUCUACGACUUCCCCCCGGCCGACCCUACCGAUGGCGCGUCAGCUCGCCACGGCCCCCAGCGCCGCGGCGGCUCGCGCCUCAAGCUCGAACUCUCGCACGACUCCGCCGACCCUUUCCCACAUGCCGCCCUCACCGAGUCGCCGAGUGCCGCCGAGUCGACCAAGGCCUUCACGCCAUCACGCAUUAUGCCUCCCACCGACUCCUCCGAGCUCAGUGAUAUGAGCCCCCAUCUCUCGAUUCAUCCCCUGAGCGUCGAAGUGGACGUCCCGCUACCCAUGCCCCAGCGCCCCCCACCCUUCGUCGCCAAUGCGCCCCGCCGCGAGAUGCCCCCGCCGACAACCGCCAACCCCCCCAAGAAAGAUAACCGCCCGAAGCCGUACGCGGUAGAGCCGCCGGCUGCCGCUCCGCGAUAUGCGACACACAGUGAUACCCAGGCAAGAACGGGCGGUUCGGCGCCAAAGACCGGAUACGCAGACUUCUACCCCUGGACGGGGAACCAUCCCGAAGACCAGUUUUCCGACAAUGUGAUUCGAAACGGAUACUACGAUAAGGGACUGUUUUCCACGGCAGAGACACAGUCGGCUAAAAACAUACUGUUCCCGGCACUGAAGCACAAGACUGGCCUCACUGCGCUCUCAUCCGUCUUCACCGCCGUGCUGGGACAGAGGAGGCAUAACGGGCAGAUUGCGGCGCCGUCGACCUUCAAACCCCCACCCCGAGUUACCCUCACCGAUACCAAGCGGGAGAUUUGGUUGAGGGAUCUCGCGAACCCCGCCAUCUCGCUCCGACGGCUCAGCCGAACGAUACCCCACGGCAUCCGCGGCAAGGUUCUCCUCGAGCAGUGCCUGGACAAACGCGUCCCGACCGACCGUGCGGUCUGGCUGAUAAAGUGCGUCGGCGCAAAUGAGAUUCGGGCAACGAAGCGGAAGGGCGUCAGCACCUUGGUAAUGGGCGGGGAGACGAGAUGGAUCAAGGACUGGACUGUUUCGGUUGAGCAGUUCAUCGAGCAUGUCUAUUUCUCAUUCGACGACGAUGACUGGAAGUUUAAAGUCCACUACACAACGCGACUGGCGGCACAUUUGUAUGCCGAACAUUUACUCGACCGCGAGCAUUACUCGGAAUGGCUCGUCUCCAAUCUCGAAAACAGCUCCGACGCUAAACUUCCCAUGUGGAUGCUCAUCACCCAGCUAUACUGGAAGGACUUGCUCAAAAUGAGGAGGUAUGGCCGCAGGCUGGUUACCGCUCUUAUCAGCCAUCAUCACCUAAUAUAUAACCACCCCGACAAGGAUAUUUUGCACCCGCUGCUCGAAAGCCUGACGCAGUGCAUAAACACAUUGAUAUUGAGCAGCCCUGAGAACUUUGUAUCUCCAUCCGCUUGGUCAAAGUACAGAGAUGCUCUAAAAGCGUGCCUUCCCGCCGGGGAUGAAGCCAGACAGAACUCCUUUGGGGCGAUAAAUCUCCGGAACGAGCAGCUCGCGGCGGCCGCCAACAGGUCGCAACCAGCUGCCCGGCACAUCUUGGUGCGCAUGCUUGAUGGGACCCUCCAGGCGCCCAUGCCGAACGAGCUUCCGGCCCAGUGUUGGGGGAUCUCCAAGGACAAGGACGCUUUAGGGAGGGCUCUGCUCGAAUGGUGCACGUCGCUGUACCGCCCCGGUCUAGCGAAGGUCUACGUCACAAGCCGGAUACUGCAGCAUUGGAGCACGCUAGGCUUGGACUCGACUGGGACUGUGCUGGACUUUCUCGACGCCGAUGUUUGUGAAGAGAAGGAGCACAAAUCGGUCUUUUACCACGUCGUCUGCGAGCUUGUCCGAUCAGAUAUUUUCUCGGUCCCUCGCUAUAUCCAAUGGCUCAUGGCGCGUGGAGGGACACGGAACCCCGAGCUCGUCUCAAGGGACGGGCCGGCACCCACCCGCCUGCUCGUCGAGGUCCCGACACACGCUCUCGCGCCGUCUCAGCGGGAUCUCAGAGGCGAGAUUCUCCGGCGCGCCUCCUUCAGCGUAGCAGAGGCAGCAGCUGAUGCCGAGUUGGCGCUCAAGCACCUGAAGCAUGCACUGGGGAUGCCGACAGAUCUAGCGGGUCUGAAGCCGAUGUCACUCAUCAAGUUUACUAAGAGGAUCGCGUCCGCAGACCGAGCGCUCAAGGCCGAACUUGGUUGGUGGCUCCGGGCCAACUUCACGGCUCACGCUGAGGAGAGGGAGAGAGAAGGCAGCCAGGCGCCCGAAAUCUCGCCGACCCUCUUUUACGCUGUUCGAUCCGUGCUAGAGGCAGCUGAAGACUUCUCCAUGUUUGGGGAUAUCUUGAAAACGCUCACGCGGCAUUCGAGCGUGGAGAUCCUGGCCGCCAUCGCCGACACCGUCACUCGUCACUUUUUUAUCUUCUCUGCCUCUGGCGUUACCUUGACCUUAUUUCGCAACCUCCACCAGCGCCUCAAAGCCGCCGUCCAGGAGCAAGGCAUCGCUCUGCGUCCGCUCCUGGCCUCGCUCGUUACCCUCGCCCCGAGGAUACCGGGGAUGGAGGAGCUUGCCUCGCAGUUGAAAAAGGACCUGGCGCUGAACGACCGCCAGAACCCCGUGGAUGCCUGUUCCCCGGUGUCCGAUAACAUGGUUGCUCGAUUACAAGACGAUGCCGGCGAGCUGCACGAGGAGAUCGAGAAGCUUCUGGCCGGCGGUUCGAGCGUCGACCGAAACACCAUGGAACGGCUAUUCCAAACUAUUGUGCAGCGCCUGCAGGUCAGCUGGGCCAAGGAGACAGACAAGCAACGGCCCUACAGCAGCCUGCUCGGCCGUCUGCGCCUCUUCAACACCCAGCACUUUGACGGUCUCAUGGUCAAAUGGCUCUUGAGUCUCCGCGCGCUCGGCAGCCGCCCGUCUAUCCUGAGGAUAUUCCCGCUGCUUGUGUCAGUGGGGUGUCUCGACAUGGGCGCGAUUUUGGCAACUGCCUCGGACUUUUCGGCCGGGCAAGGCGCGGGCACCGCGCGAACACCCACCACCGCGACCGCCAUGCCCCAGGUGGUGCAGAUUACAUACCGAACGAGGUACAUGCAGGAAGUGCUGCAGUUGCUUACCGCGCCGAUCCGGAAAAACGACCUGCUCACGGCAGAUGAAGUAUACCGCUUCUCCAUCCUCCAAGACCAAGCAGUCCGAGAAUAUCCCAAGGAGGUUCUCGGACUCAUCUUCCUUGCUUCGGCCGAGUAUUCCUAUGCGAAAAUGCAGAACGACCUUGAGGCCCUCCCUUUGGAGUGUGACUCGGUCCAGCUCAGCGUUCUCGACCUGCUCAAGCGCCUCGCCCUAAGGGACGCCGCCGGGGUCGCAAGGGUACUGGGUGUUAGGAGCCCGAACCCGCACGUUAGCGGCUGGAUUGACUGCGUGACAACCAAGCUGUUGAUCCCUACCGCUAAUGCGCAGACGCGUAUCUCCUUCGACCAGGUCCUGGAGCUGACCAACGAGUUCACCCUGCCCUUCUGCCAGGUCAAGCUCGCACUGAGCUUGAGCUCAAACGAGCAAGCCAGCCAGGAAUCCACCGACCGGCAGCAAUCACACGUUGACCUCUUCGCGAACGCCAUGGAUAAAGCCAUCGGCGCAGGCAACAUUUCGUGGGUUGGGAUGCUAAGCUGUCUCAGCCCAGAGAUCACCCAGCAUCUCAAGGUCCGCGCCCAAAACCGCUUCCUUGAGCUUCUACCAUCCCUCCGUAGUCCCCCGGUAAGCGAUAGUGUCCUUGCCCACAACCUCCAGAUGGCCGAGAACCUGCUCUCCGUCAUCGACGCCAUCAUGCGCGGCAGCCCUGCCGGCCCGCGCCAGCCCCAGCUCUCACCGGCCGUCGUCGACAAGCUCGUCGACCUCUGGGAGCUCCUCGCCGCGCCGCCGGCCGACAACAACGACCACGACCCGGACAUGAUGGACAUAUCCGAGCCAACAGAAACAACAACAACGACGACGACGACAACAACAACAACAACCACGGACCCCAAAACAGCCCUCCUCACCCACUGGCUGCCGCUGAUGCUCAACUUUGUCACGCUCCACGCGCACGCCUUCGACAUGUCGCGCCCGACCAACGACGUGCGCGCCAAGAUCCUCGUCGCCUGCGCCGGCCUCAUGCAGGAGCUCGACGCCGCCGCGCCCCCGGGCCCAACCCCCACUGGGGUAGCUGCUGCCACCGCUACUACUACCGCCGCUGGUGCCGCCCCAGGCGCAGGCGCGGGCUCGGGUUUGGGUGCCGCUAGCGUCGCCGUCGGCACGGCGCAGUCGCUCAGCCGCCGCGUCUUCGACCUCUCCUGCCUGCUCGUCGACAACCUGGCCGAGGACGCCCGCGCCAUGUGCGUGCGCGCCGUGCGCGACUGCGCCGCCGGCGAUCCCCGCUUGCGCUACCUCUUUGGUCUCCCCCCCGCGGCUGCCUCCUCUUCCUCUGAAGGUGGGGAGGGUGGUGGUGGUGGUGGUGGUGGGGGUGCGCUGGUGCUGUCGCAUCGGGAGAAGGGGUUUGGUUCCGGUGGGGUGGGCGCCGGGAGGGCGGCGGCGGGUGGGGGUGGUGCGGGCGUGGGGAAUAUGUUGUUUGGCGGGCUGUUGGGCACGCCGGCGGCGCUGUGGGGCGUGGAUCGCGGGCAGGCGGGGGAGAGGAUUAGCUUGUUUCAGUAUAGACGGUGGGAGAUGCUGAAUGAGCCGACGCCGAAUGUGGGGGAGAAUGAUACGGCGCUGAGUUUGGGGCUGUUUGAGGCGAGGCGGGUGCAGUAAUGGGUAGGGG